UGAUGUCAGCACUGAUUCAGGGGAGCGGAAAAGUGAAGAAAUUCUGUUAAAUGUGUUGGACCGUCCAACUGGCACACACUUUAUGGAAGGGCAUAUGCAUGAUCAAGACAACACUGGAGAAACUUACUACUUCAAUUUAACCACCAUACUGGCUGCUACAAACAAUUUUUCUGACUCCAAUAAGCUUGGAGAAGGGGGUUUUGGCCCUGUUUACAAGGGAAAGCUGCUUGAUGGAAGGGAAAUGGCUGUUAAAAGGCUUUCAACGAAAUCAGGGCAAGGUCUUGAGGAGUUCAAGAAUGAAGUUAUGUUAAUUGUUAAACUUCAACACAAAAAUCUUGUGAGGCUGUUGGGUUGCUGCAUUGAGGGAGAUGAGAAGCUCCUAGUCUACGAGUUCAUGGCUAAUACGAGUCUUGAUGCUUUUUUGUUUGAUCCAACAAAAUGCAAGGAACUAGACUGGGAUAAGCGAGCAGCCAUUGUUCGUGGAAUAGCAAGGGGGAUCCUGUAUCUUCAUGAAGACUCUCGUCUCAAAAUCAUCCACAGGGAUUUGAAAGCAAGCAAUGUUUUGUUGGAUGAGGAAAUGAAUGCAAAGAUCUCAGACUUUGGCACUGCUAGGAUUUUUGGCAGCAAGCAACUUGAUGCUAACACCAACAGAGUGGUCGGUACAUUUGGGUACAUGGCACCAGAGUACGCAAUGGAGGGACUAUUUUCUGUGAAAUCUGAUACUUACAGCUUUGGAGUUCUAUUGCUAGAAAUCUUGAGUGGGAAAAAGAACAGUGGAUUGUAUAGCAUGGAUCAUUCCCAAAACCUUCUAUCUCAUGCAUGGCAGCUGUGGAAUGAAGACAAGGGACUUGAAUUUAUAGAUAGGAACCUAGUUGAGAAAUGUCCUGUAAGUGAGGCUGUCAGAUGGAUCCAUAUUGCUCUGCUGUGUGUUCAAGAAGACCCCAAUGAUAGACCUCCCAUGUCAUCAGUUGCUCUCAUGCUUGGAAGCAAAUGGGUCAACCUUCCCCAACCAUCAGCACCCCCAUUCUCAGUGGGAAGAUCUUUCAUGUCUGAUCUAUCUUCAACAAGCGGGUCGGGGUAAGGUUUUCUCAUUUCAGAUAAAUCAUUCACUAGUGCCUCUGUUUAGUUCGGAGGUUCAUUGCA